AUGGGAGGAUUCGAGAAGCAGGUGAAGGAGAGGGCCAAGGAGCUCCAGGUUUUGUUGAAGAAGGGAGUGAAGGUCGUGGGCGAGUCCUGCAAGAAAGGCUGGAGCAAAGUCAAGCACUUCAAACGCUAG